GAGAGGCUGUUACAGUGGGUGGCUAUGUACUGCAGAGCUGGGAAACAGGCAUUCCAUCACUCACCAAACUGACAUUUGAUAUGUUUAACUCUGGAGCCUGCAAUGAAUACAUUAACAGUUGUCAGGGCAGAGAUGAGACAAUCUUCUUCCUGUGGUGAGCUACAUUAUAGAGGAUGGGCCAGUCAUGGGCCAGACGGUCAGAGACAGAGCAGGGUGGCCAGCAGCAGGGCAGCAGAGGAGAGGCUAGUGGGUCCAGGAUGGGAACCUGCUGCAGCUGCAUACCUCUUGGUCAGGAGGCUAAAUGCCUGGCUGAACAUGAACAGGUACUGCUGGAACUGGAGGCUGCCGGACAACACAGGGAGGAGACCAUAGAAGAAGAAAAAGACAGGGAGGGGACCAUAGAAGAAGAAAAAGACAGGGACGAGACCAUAGAAGAAGACCGGGAGGAAACUAUAGAAGAAGACCGGGAGGAAACUAUAGAAGAAGACCGGGAGGAAACUAUAGAAAAAGACCGGGAGGAAACUAUAGAAAAAGACCGGGAGGAAACUAUAGAAAAAGACCGGGAGGAAACUAUAGAAGAAGACCGGGAGGAAACUAUAGAAGAAGACCGGGAGGAAACUAUAGAAGAAGACCGGGAGGAAACUAUAGAAGAAGACCGGGAGGAAACUAUAGAAGAAGACCGGGAGGAAACUAUAGAAGAAAAAGGUGCAAGCCAUAACCAGAAGAGCACGUCGUUCCGACACCCUGUGACUGGACAGAUAUCUCCAGAAAACACUGAAUAUAUGCUCCACGACAAGACAGAGUCCCGGGGCAUGUCCAAGCCAUGGCCACCGGUCAGUCAGAGGCCCCCCAGAAUGGUCAGCCAGACUUCCAAGGCAGUGACCUCAUCAACAGUGGACACCACCUCAGGGUCAAAGCCGCAGGGCUCUAGGAGUAGUGGCAAGGUACACAGCUUCGGCAAGAGGGACCAAGCCAUUAAGAGGAACCCCAAUAUCCCUGUGGUGGUCAGGGGAUGGCUCUACAAACAGGACAGCUCUGGAAUGAGACUGUGGAAGAGGAAGUGGUUUGUGUUGUCUGACUACUGCUUGUUUUAUUACAAAGACAGCAGAGAGGAGACGGUUUUGGGGAGCAUCCCCCUGCCCAGUUAUGUCAUCGCCCCUGUGGAGCCUGAUGACCACAUCAGCCGCAAGUAUGCCUUCAAGGCGAGCCACACAGGAAUGCGCUCCUACAUUUACAAUAAGAACUCUGUGAUUGGCUCGCAGGCAGAGCACGGUGGGAUGAGGACGUACUUCUUCAGUGCCGACACCCAGGAGGACAUGAAUGGUUGGAUCCGAGCCAUGAACCAGGCUGCUCUCAUGCAGAGUCAAGGCAUCAAGAGAGAGGCAGUCACAGAGAGACCAGAAAUGUCAGUGCAGCAGGCAGUACCACAGACCAACCACGUUAACAACAACACCAGUAAGAGCCCCUCUCAGUCGCGUUCAGGGAGCCUCCAACGGCCCGAGAGAGAGGAGCCUCCGGAGGGGGAGAUCCGACUGAGCCAGGGGGACGAGGAGAGGUACAUGUUGGAGGCUCCUAGAAAGCCCAGCCAUCCAGCCACGGAGGUAGAGGUGGACAGGCUCUCCCCAGACACUCUCCCUGGCCCCUCACACCCCAGGAAUGGCCUGGCCCACAAAGUCCUCGCCACGCUGCCCCCUGAGCAGAAUGGGAACGUUGUGUAUAAGAGGGGCCUUGUCCCACGGACAGCCACAGAGAAGCAGGUGCAGAGGAAGACUGCUCUGGCUCAGGUGGAGCAUUGGGUCAAUGUACAGAAGGGAGAUCCCAAGAGCAACACACCUACCACUGAGUACGCCCUCCCCCUCGCUCGGCGGACGCCUCCCCUGCAGCCUAAGGCCGUGGUAGUAGAGGCCUGCCAGACAUUGCCAAAGACUCCCAGACUCCCGUCUGGCGGGAGCUCCCCUUCGGCGCCCCGCAACCUGCCCAGCGACUACAAAUACGCCCACGACCGGCUCAGCCACUUCCGCAUGUCCACCGAUGAGCGCAUGGCCACCAAGGAGGGCAUGGUAUGGCAGCUGUAUGAGUGGCAGCAGCGCCAGCAGUUCCGCCACGGCAGCCCCACGGCGCCCAUCUACACCGGGCCAGACUUUCUGGACACCUCCUCCUUCAGGGUCACUGUGGAGAUGCCUCGCUCCAUCUCUGUGCCCCCUUCCCCCUGUGAAGUCCCCCCAUCUGUCCCCACCUUCAAACCACUGUCCCCCCACAGGCCACACACCCCCUCAGACAGGGUGACGGUCAGGCCGCUGAAUGAGGUGCCACCUGGGGAGUCGCCCACCGGCUCCAGUUCUCCUAGACGGGUGUUUUCUCAGCUCUCUAAGACUAGUCAGCUGGAGAGACGGUCAAUGCCAGCCAUGGGCUACAUCACACACACAGUCAGCGCACCAAGCUUGCAUGGGAAAACGCCGGAGGAGUUGACCCUGCUGCUCAUUCAGCUCAGGAGUCACCAGGCCAAGAUGGCUGGUGUCCACGGUGACGCCCUCCACCACCUACAUCACAACGGCUUCCUAGGCCCCAGCCUGCAGGCAGAUGAUACUUACAUGCAACUGAAGGAGGACCUGGAUUAUCUAGAUCUGAAGGUGGGCCCCAGGAGAAAAGAUCAUAUCAAAAGUAUUGACCCGUUGAUCGUUAUGGUACACAAUGUGUUAGAAAACACCCCUCCAGGUUUUGGGUCCAGUUGGAAUGUUACAGGCCGUGAAACUCUAAAAGACAGACCAUCGAGACCUGUUAAGAUAGCAGAGAGCGAUGUUGAUGUGAAGUUAAGCCGACUGUGUGAACAAGACAAGAUCCUUCAGGAGCUGGAAACAACGAUACGCACGCUCAAGGAAGACAAGGACAAGUUGGAGUCUGUGCUGGACGUGUCCCACCAGCAGAUGGAGCAGUACCGGGACCAGCCGGCCCACCAGGAGAAGAUAUCCUACCAGCAGAGACUAUUGCAGGAGGACGUGGUGCACAUCAGAGCUGAGAUCUCUCAGGUGUUCACGGAGAUGGAGAAUGCGUGGAAUGAGUACAGCAGCCUGGAGAGAAAUGUAGACUGGUUGAGGACAGCUCUGGAGGGCCAGAUGAACCGCAGUGGUCUCUCUCAGAAGGAGAAGUCCCAGUUCAAGAGGGAGUUGUGGAGGAUUGAAGACGUAAUAGCAGGCCUCAGCUCCAGCAAAGCCAACUACCAAGUCACCAUCUCCUCUGUGACCAACCCAGAGAGAAAACUUGUGCCUUCCGUGUCGCCGUCGUCAGUGCCUUCUCUGUCUGCCAGUCCCUCCCUCGGAGAGAUGAGACUGGCCCAGCAGCACAGCCCUCACCUCAGCCCCACAACCCCCACCUCCACCCAGCACACCACCACAGCCCUCGCCAUGUCUGUGCCAAAAUGGGCAGAUGAGGGCGCCCCUCCCCGACCACCACUACCUCAGCUAUACAGUCCUGAGGACCACGCCCCGGCCGUGCCUCCGCUGCCCAGGGAAACCAGCGUCAUCAGACACAUGUCUGUACGAGGCCUCAAACGGCAGUCUGACGAACGCAAGCGGGACAGGGAGAUCGGCCAAUACACUAACGAAGACAACAAGGUGGAGCUGCGCACCUUCCUGAGUGAACCUGAGCUUCUGGGAGUGGGAGGGUCUGGUCACAUGAGGAUGGGGGCCUUGGGGCAUGAUGGUGGCUACCAGACCCUGCCAAGCAGAGGGCCGGCUGGCUCCUCAUCCAGGCUAAAUCAGUCCACAAACAUCUCCUCAUAUGUUACCCUCAGAAGAGGAGCCUCAGCCGCCUCAGGCCUGAAGGAGAGACCAAAGAGUGCCUUGGAGCGUCUGUACUCUGGGGAUGUGCUGCAGCAGCAGAGCAGGGGUAGGAUGAGUGCUGAUGAGCAGCUGCAGAGGAUGAAGAGGCACCAGAAAGCUCUGGUCCGCCAGCGCAAGAGGACCCUGAGUCAAGGAGAAUGCCAUGCCUCUUCAUCACGAGCCUCCUCCUCCUCAUCAUCACAGCAACGCCCCCUUUCCGCAGACCUGGGCUCAUGGAGGCGAGAGCAGGAGUUUGACCUGCAGUUGCUGGAGCGGGCUGUGCAGGGGGAGGAGGCGCGGGGUGUGGUCCAGGGUGAGGAGUGUCCAGCAGAGCACAGUGAUAGACCUCGGUCCCAGUCAGAUGAGUGGCUGACCCUCCGCUCUACAGCCACAUCCACACUUACCCAGGAGGUGGAUCUGGAGACGCUGGACUAUGACCUGGACCUCAGCCGAGAGCUGGCCAAACCUCAGAAGGUGUUAAUCCCUGAGCGCUACAUAGACACAGAGCCUGAGGAACCUCUCAGCCCUCAGGAGGUGGAGGCUCGCCAUCGCAACAUGGAGCGCAUCAAGAACAUUCUGGCCAAGUCCAGUGUUCAGAUCCUGGCGGGGCCCUCUGUGGCGGUGGACCAGCCAGAGGUGGUGGGUCUGGACUCAGCCCUACUGAAACAGGAGAGGAUCAUCACCAUGUCUUACGCCCUGGCCUCAGAGGCCUCCCUCAAGAGCAAGCAGGUCGCAGCCAAUGCGCUUUCUGGACACUGAGGUCCUAUUCCAUGAUGACAAUACACCCUGGAUUCUUGAAGAAAGAAAGACUUUGUUUGGUGCUGACAGUUACACUGUUAUACAGUAGAUGGGUGUUAGUGAACAUUUAACCUGCCCUCAGUAGCACGCAGCAGGACUUACUCGCUGAUGCAUUUUUUGGAGCUAAAAUGAAGUAAACUAUUUUCUUAAGAAAAUGUAUGUCUGCUAUGAAAGCUGCUGUGCAUAUUAACUUUGGAAGUGUUUAACAGAUGUUAAUCCCAUAAUAUAAAAGUUUUUUUACAUGUUAUUGCACUUUUAGCAUUAUACUGUAUCAUAGUGAAGAACUGAAAGAGAUAUUUUCAAGGUGAGAAUGUUUUGUCUUGCAGUGUGAUCUGAAUUUGGAGGGAACUUGUAUUUCGUUUUUUUUUUUUAAGUUAAUGAGAGUAUUCACCAACUAGAAGGUCGAUAUGAACAUAAGGUACUGAACAUGUGUCAUGUUGAUUGUAUUUUUGUCAAAACUCAGACGAUAUUCUUACACCAAAUCACUUGAAAUGUAAUUUGUGUUUGUAUCUAGCACUGCCAGUCUCUUAAUGGCUUGCCAAAUGGAUUUUAUUUUUGCUUACAACAUUGGGAGGAGAAUAACAUUGAACAUAAUAUUUUCUGGAUGGCUUAGGCAGGUUGCACAAUGAUAAUUAUAAACAUUUUAAAUAUUAAAGAUAUUAACAUGAUGUUUGCCUCAUCAAAUGUUUUGUCUUCGGACAACAAACUCAUGCAGUAGUAGUAAUAAUCGUUUUAAAAUGAUAACGGUAUACUGAGGUAUUCAGAGAAUGUGAACCCCCCCCAAAACUCUUAGGUCUUAUAGCCUAUUGUACAGUACUGAAUUUAAAUAAUGUUAUUGCGUCAGUUUAAUAAUUGUACUAUUCUGUGGAUGACAGUUGAAUAAUAUGGUUGACUGUGAUGGAAUCUUCAAAACCCUUUAUCUUGUGCCAGUUCUGAUAACCUUUCUCUUCAUGCUGACCAAAAAGUACAAAAUGUAGUCUCAUCACAGCUCCAAGGAUUCUCUUUGAACAUUCCUAUUGAUUGCUUUGCCCUGUUACAUUUCAUUCUAUUAUCUGAGAAGGGAAUCCAACUUUACAGGCUCAAACCAAAUGAGGCAAACUUUCAAUACAAAAAACCUUGAAAUGUU